AUGAGUAUCAUCAAGACCCAAAUUUGGUGCUUGGAGCCUGAUUCCAUCCUACUUAUACUGAAAGAAAGAGACGUGUUUGAAAAUUAUAAGCUUGCUCUCUUCCUUCCACCUAAAAAUUCGUAUGCGGAAAAAUGGGAAGGCUUUCGCACUGGCGUAGAAAAUGGGAGAAUUUUGUUCCAUAUUGAGAAUAUUCAAGAAAAUUGGGAAGCACCGUUUGUGAUUGAAGAGUUUGGUAACAGAUGCAAACGGGUAUUCUACAAUACACAGAGAGGUUAUCCUUACAAAGAUCCCGUAGGCUCUUCUCCAGAUGUUGUUCGGGAUAAAAUUAGGGAUUUGCAGAGCAAAAAGCCGUUUCGAUCAGCUAACGAGCUUCUGCAUCCCCUGCGAACAAUCAAAAGUGAAAGUGAAAUAUCAUGUCUACAACGGGCAGCAUCGAUAAGUGGAAAUGCAUACAGAGAAGUCAUGGCGAAGGACUUUCUUGAAGAAAAUCAACUGGCUACUGAGCUCGAAUAUAGAUUCAAAAUGGGCGGUUGUCAACGGUCGGCUUAUGUACCUGUUGUAGCCGGGGGAAGAAAUGGACUCUGCAUUCACUAUACGGCGAAUGACGAUGCAUUCCAACAAAAUGAUAUGGUGCUAGUGGAUGCAGGAGGCGAAUAUGGAGGAUAUGUUACAGAUAUUUCUCGGACUUGGCCAACUGGAAGGGGGUUUACACCAGCCCAACGAGAUUUGUACCAAGCUGUUUUAAACGUACAAAAAAAGUGCAUCGACUUAUGCACCAGUAGUGCAGGGUUAAGCUUGGCGAGAAUCCACUAUGAGAGUGCUGUUUUGUUGAAAGAGGAGCUUAAGCAAAUUGGCAUAUAUGGUUCGAAAUCGGAAAUCGAGGACGUUUUGUAUCCGCAUUCCAUCGGUCAUGAGAUUGGUUUAGAAAUCCACGACUGCUACUCAAACAACAGUUUUUCUCCUUUGAAGAAAAACCAAAUUGUGACCAUUGAGCCUGGAAUUUAUGUUCCCUUAAAUAACCGUUGGCCAAAAUGGGCGCAGGGAAUUGCUAUUCGUAUAGAAGAUAGUGUUCUGGUGGGAGAACAAGAGCCAUUUGUAUUAACAAAAGAUACGCCCAAGGAAGUCAAGGAAAUUCAGAGCUUACGUGAAAGCUCUGAGUUGUAA